UGGGUUGAGGUGUCUGUGUGUAUCAGUCAGGAUAGAUCGAUGGUGUCAUUGUGUCAGUGACACUAGGAAGAUCAGUAGCACUCCGGCUCUGGUGCUUGAGGGAGGUACACCCUCCACACUUCACCUUAUCAGCUUAAAACACGGAUAUUAAGAGUAACAUUUGUUUUAAUAUUUUACAUUUGCAAAUAUAAGUGGUUGUCAAACAUUGCCAUAUACAGGAAACUUAUUUAACAGGAUGCAUUCAAGAAAAUUUAUUGUUAAAGGUUGUCAGUCUGUCAACACCCUUAAGAAAUACUCCGUAAGUGACAGAGGAAUCUUGGAUAAACGAGUGAAGAGUAAUCCACGUUAUACUGGUGUCCGCUCUCGUACAGACACUGGCUUCAACACUCAGCGACGACAAGAACUAGAACACGAGAUACGAAAGUAUUAUAAAGUUAGAAAUGACGAAGUUUUCCGGCGCAUCUCCCUGGCAGACAUGUUGCAACUGAUGGUGGCACAUGCAGAAGAUGUUGAAGCCAUUGAAUGCAUUACUUGUGAAAGUGAAGUUGACAACAAUGAGGCAGAAGUUCCUCUCAAGUAUAGAGAUGAAGUUGAUUGUGUGGUUCAUAAAAUGGAUCAACUUGAGGUGGACAGCAAAACAAACAUCCCACAGUGUCCCUAUGUCAUGAUUGAUGUCCGUCCACAAGGUGAAUUCAAAACAUGUCAUCUCGCUACUGCUGUGUCCCACCCACACUCUCGCUUAUCCAGAGCUGUAGGCUGGGAAUGUCCAGAACUUCUAAUAUACAAGAACCAUCCAGAGUUCAUCAUCAUUGUUUAUGAUGAAGGAGAGGACCUGGCCCCUGAGGUUGCAGCUACUCUACAGCACCGUGGGUACGGUAACGUCUUCAUGCUCAGUGGUGGUCUCCGCCUCGCUAAAGAUAAGUUUGGCUUUCCAUUAGUCACUGAAAAUACUGCAGGUAGCCUCAGUUUUCAGGUUGUUGAUGCGAUAUCUCAACAAUUGUCAAAUACUGUGUUGCCGCCCCUGAGCAUGGCAGAUGCAUCAGAGUGGUGGGCAGCUGCCUCCAAGUUACCUAACUCUGCUACGGACUCUGGCAUCACCCACACAACUCCCUCCACUGGUCGCCAAACAACCAGAUCACAGAUUAAAGACAAAGAUGGUCAACCAGCCAGACCCUGGCGAUAAUUUUCCUUUGUUAUGAGGAAUCCCACUCUGUGAAAUAAUUGUUCAUUGUUUUUUACAGAUUUAAAUGAAGGUAAUGUUAAAAUUUAUUUUUGAACUUUGUUAGUUUAUGGGUUUAGAUGAUUUACCAUUAUGAACUAUUUAUUAUGGGAUGUUAUUUAUGGAGUACAUUUUUUUGUUUUGUCUUGGCUUUUAUCCACAAAAUUUUUAUAAUUGGUUUUAUUAUGGUUGAUAAUUUUUUUUAUUGUUUGACUUGAACUAUUUUAGGGUAGUUAUUGUCUUUUUUGUAAACAAAGUAAUCACAAAAUUGUUUUUGCAAGGUUUUGUGGAUUCUUAUUUUGAAAUGAAAAAGAAAUGGCCUCUCUCUCCAGUGUAAAAGUUAGGUCUCUGUAACAUGGGUGAAGGAACAAGUCAUUAUUUCACCGUUUGUUUAAUUAGCUCAGUAACUUCUUGGUUAAAUGUCUAAAAACUGUUGCACACACACACAUAUUGCUGAAAAAAUAAUGUUGCUGUGCAUGUUGCACAAUAAUAUAAUUGCUGGUACAAGCUAAAAAAUUAUGCUCAAAUUUAGGUACCGGAUGCCAUGGUGUGUGCGUGCGUGAGUGCGUGCGUGCGUGCGUGCGUGCGUGCAAGAAGUUAGGAGUUCACUUUGGUGUUCAUGGUUCAAUGCUUCCAGUCAUUACAGUCUCAGGUGGUAGUCACUAUUACCAGUGAGUGUCCAGCCCAAGGUGCCAGAAGAGGUCCAGUUACAACAUAAGUACAGUACAGUACAGGAUUAACUUUAUUGUAUAACUUAACUUUAGUUCCUGUACUGUACUGUAUUCCAACAAUAUUUAUAGACUAAAUUAUACUUUAUAUUUAUGACAUGGCUAAACCUCUCGGUGAGGAAGCUCCAAGAGGUGUUCAUUUGGCUUAUUAUAAACCAGUAUCCUAUGAAGGAAGCUCCAAAUCUCAAUCGUUACAAAGUUAUCGCGUCACUAUUUAACACAUCUACUACCCCAGUCUUUGCUGAUGGACUC